GCCGGAAGAAGGUAAGGGUUUUGGCACAGGAAACUUCCGGUGGUGAGAGAAGCUGAAGCACGAUGGCGACUGAUUCAUGGGCCCAGGCGGUGGACGAGCAAGAGGCGGCGGCAGAGACGCUGAACAAACUGCAGCUGAAAGAAGACAAACAACCUCCAUCUCUCCAAUCACAGGCUGAGAGUAAUGGCACAGACUCACAGACUGCGAAUAACGGGGAGGCUGCAGAGAAGUCUGCAGAAGACGACGAUAAAGAGGACAAAGCCGCUCAGUCGCUGCUGAACAAGCUGAUCCGAAACAACCUGGUGAACACGACGAACCAAGUGGAAGUGCUGCAGCGAGACCCCAACUCUCCGCUCUAUUCAGUAAAGUCCUUCGAGGAGCUGAGACUGAAGCCGCAACUCCUUCAAGGCGUGUAUGGCAUGGGGUUCAACCGGCCCUCUAAGAUCCAGGAGAACGCUCUGCCUAUGAUGCUGGCCGAACCCCCUCAGAACCUGAUCGCUCAGUCCCAGUCCGGGACAGGGAAGACGGCUGCCUUUGUCUUGGCCAUGUUAUCCCGGGUUGAUCCUGCAAAUAAGUUCCCGCAGUGUCUUUGCCUGUCCCCCACCUAUGAGCUGGCCCUGCAGACUGGGAAGGUCAUCGAGCAGAUGGGGAAGUUUCAUCCAGAUCUAAAGCUGGCCUAUGUUGUAUUCUUAGAAAAGGUGGAGCGCGGAUACAAGCUCCCGGAGCAGAUCGUCAUCGGGACCCCCGGCACGGUGCUGGACUGGUGCUCCAAGCUGAAGUUCAUUGAUCCCAGGAAGAUCAAAGUGUUUGUUCUGGACGAAGCGGAUGUCAUGAUCGCUACGCAGGGCCACCAGGAUCAGAGUAUCCGCAUCCAGAGGAUGUUACCCCGGGACUGCCAGAUGCUGCUCUUCUCGGCCACGUUUGAAGACUCGGUCUGGAAGUUUGCCCAGAAAGUGGUUCCCGAGCCCAACAUCAUCAAACUGAAGAGGGAAGAGGAAACCCUGGACACCAUCAAGCAGUAUUAUGUACUCUGCAACUGCCGCGAGGAGAAAUUCAAGGCCCUGUGCAAUAUAUACAGCUCCAUCACCAUCGCGCAGGCCAUGAUCUUCUGUCAUACACGUAAAACUGCGUCUUGGCUCGCGGGAGAAUUGUCCAAGGAAGGGCACAAGGUGGCCCUGCUGAGCGGAGAGAUGAUGGUUGAGCAGAGAGCGGCUGUGAUCGAUCGGUUUAGAGACGGGAAGGAGAAGGUGUUGGUGACCACCAACGUGUGUGCCAGAGGGAUCGACGUGGAGCAAGUGUCUGUCGUGAUCAACUUUGACCUUCCAGUGGACAAAGACGGCAACCCGGAUAACGAGACGUAUCUCCAUCGGAUCGGGCGCACCGGGCGCUUUGGCAAGCAAGGCCUGGCUAUCAAUAUGGUGGACAGCAAACACAGCAUGAACAUCCUGAACCAGAUCCAGGAGCACUUCAAUAAGAAGAUACAAAAGCUGGACGCAGACGACAUGGACGAGAUCGAGAAGAUCGCCAAGUGAAAAUGUUCCACAACAAAUCUGCAUCGCGUUCUCCUCAACCAGCGGCCAAAGCGGUGGUGGCGGCGUCCUUCAACCCAACCGACCACCAGCACCGACACCACCUCGUAU